AUGGAAACACUAAUUUCUACCAUAAUCUUCUGCGCACUGGGAGCUGUGACAUACGAGGUAAAUAUGAUAGGAAACGUGCGGUGCUCACAUUUUACGUUGGCUUUCAAGGAAUGGCCAGAAGAGUAUUAUCCUCUUUAUGCAAAUGAUCCGGGUUACAGCUUGUCAUAUGACAUAGCUAAGUUCAUCGUCGAUGAUUUUGAACAGCAGAGAUUACGAUUAUUCAAGAUGGAAGAUGUGAGCAUGGGAAUGUGGGUGGAGAAGUUCAACGAGACUAGACCGGUGGCAGUGGUUCACAGCCUCAAGUUCUGCCAGUUUGGAUGCAUAGAAGACUACUUCACUGCUCAUUAUCAGUCGCCUCGCCAGAUGAUUUGCAUGUGGGAUAAGCUGCAGAGACUCGGGAAGCCUCAUUGCUGCAACAUGAGACGAUGACAUAACAUUGUCUUCUUUUUUUGGCUGGAUUCUCUUUAGAAAGGAAA